AUGAAGCUCCUCUACCCGACGUCGCUGGUUUUGAACGUGCAAGAGCUGGAGGGCUUCUCGGUGUCGCUGCACGCGUACGAUGUGAAGAAGGAGAUCCCCUCGGACCUGCUCGACGCCGAGAUGAUGGUGACAUGGACCAACUCGCCCACGAACCUCAAGCACGCGGUACAGAACAUGAAAUCUCUAAAAUGGAUCCAGUCGCUGGCCGCGGGGCCCAACGACGUCCUGUCCGCGGGCUUCGACCCGGCAAAAGUCACCAUCACGACGGGCUCGGGAUUGCACGACCGCACCGUGGCCGAGCACACGCUGGGCCUCUUGCUGGUGGGCGCGCGCAAGUUCUACGAGAUGCGCGACUUCCAGAUGCGCGAUCCGCCCGUGUGGCCGGCGCAUCUGGGCGGGCCGCAGCCCGACAGGCCCAAGGGGCAAUUCACGACGCUGCGCGACGCCAACGUCCUGAUCUGGGGCUUCGGAAACAUCGCAAAGACACUGACGCCCAUGCUGCGCCUCCUAGGCGCCAACGUUCGGGGCGUCGCGCGGAGCGCCGGCGUGCGUGACGGCGUCGAGGUGCACAGCGAAGACAGCCUGCCGACCCUGCUCAAGGAGACGGACGCGCUGGUGAUGAUCCUGCCUGGCAGUGCGAGCACCAAGCACGCGCUCAACGCGGACCGGCUGGCCCUUUUGCCGAACCACGCCUGGGUGAUCAAUGUCGGCCGUGGCACCUCCAUCGACGAGGACGCCCUGUUCACGGCCCUCACGACCAAAACCAUCGGCGGUGCCGCGCUCGACGUCUUCGAGACCGAGCCCCUGCCCCAGGACAGCAAGCUGUGGCACGCCCCCAACUGCGUCGUCAGCCCGCACGCCGCCGGCGGAAGGCCGCAGGACGCCGAAAAGCUAAUCGCUACUAACUUGAGACGCUUUCUGGCCGGCCAGGAGCUGAAGAAUGUCAUCUAG